AUGUUUCCCACUACUUUUUGGAGCUUCUUCCAAGUCGCGCUCCUCUGUCUCAGUCUCCUCUGCCUUGUCACAGCCCGUCCACCUGACGAGUCAACCGCGCCGACCAAACCCUCAACCAUCCAGCUCCGCAGCGAGGUCGUCAAAACGAUACUCCCCCCACGCAAGAGCGGCCGCGGCCGCACCGGAAACCCCUCCGCAACCUCUUUCGUCGAACUCCAGCUGAACCUCUGCAACAGCGGCUUUGCAGGCUGCUACAAAGACGGCAAAUCAAUCCCCGAAGGCAGUGCUCGGAUCUACAACGCAGGCCCCAACCUCGUGACCGUAAACGAGGUCUGCUUCAGCGACGUGACGAAGCAUCUUCAGCCCGCGCUAGCAGAAGCAUGGCCGGACGAUUACACCUACUCUGUGUUCAUGCCCGCGCUCUACAAGGGCAACGACACGGCGUACCGCUGCCGCGGCUUCAAAGACUUCUACGGCAACGCCGUCAUCGGUCGCGUCGCUGCCGCAAACUGGAAAGGCGUCACGGCGUACGGCGGCCGAUACGCAACUCAGGCGGCGGCUAGCAACGAGGCGCGCACCUUUGCCUGUGCGGAGGCCGAGGGCGACCACUUCGCCUGCGUGACGCAUCUCGCUGCAACGCCGCCGGAGACGGCGCUGGCGCAGUGCAAGGCACUCAUGUUUGACGCGGUGCCGUACCUCAAGGCUGUGGGCGGGGCGACGGGGAAGACGGUUGUGGGCGGGGAUUUCAAUCUCAAGUACGACAAGGGCAGCUCGACGAACGUGCAGCUGUGCGUGCCGAAUGGGUAUACGCGGAAGGGCGACGGCGACGUGCAGCACAUUAUCGCGAUGAACAGUCUCGUCUUUCAGGAUACGGAUCAGGGUGGCUUGACGUAUUCGGACCAUCCGUGGUUCUCGGCCGAUUUCACGGCUCGCUGA